AUGGUCGAGACUACUAUUAAUGGGAAAAACAAACUUUGUAUAGUUGACACUGGCGCAUCCAUUUCAUUAGUUAGUAAAGACCAGUGGCAACCUCUUAAACUGGAUGAUACCCCAUUAUUUCCAUCCGAUAUUGUUGCAGAAGCCGCUAACAAUUCUCCCAUUGGGAUUUUGGGCAAAACCACCUUGAAUGUGCAAUUUGAUGAAAACAACAAGUCAUCUCAUGACUUUUAUGUGGCUAAUGAAAUGGUGUCUGAAAUUAUUCUGGGUUUAGAUUGGUUAGUAACUAACAAAGUAAUUGUCGAUAUGGCUGAAAUUCCCAGAUGGUACCACAAAACCCUUGUGUUUAUUUGAUUCAACCAUAGCAGAUCCCCUGGGCGUUGUUCUAGAUGAGGAUUUGGUUGUUCUGGCGAAACAUGAAGUUUUCAAAACUGCCAGGGUCCGAAAUCCCACUUUAAAUGAAAGCAUCUUAGAGCCUAAUAUGAACUCAUCCGGGAAAGGUGUUCUUGUAGCAAGAGUUAUUGUACAGCCAAAAGAACAGAGGGUACCCAUCCAGAUUAUUAAUCCAGGGACAUCACCUAUUAAGUUGUACAAGGGCAUGACUGUAGGGCAACUUCAGCAAGUGGAUGAUGAGUUAAGAGACCCAACAUUUAUUAAUUCAAAGUGUGGUACACCAUCUGCUGAGGAUAAGAUCAAAUUUGAGUUAGAGCAUCUGUCGGGUGAGGAGCGAGAGAGGAUGGAAAAUUUGUUGAAUAAACACCAAGAUGUUUUCGCGAAAAUUCUAGUGAACUUGGCGUAACCACACUAGCAGAGCAUAAGAUUGAGACAGGCGAUGCCGUACCUGUUAAACAGCUGCCUCGAAGACUGCCCAAUUCUCUGAGAACCGUUGUUGAAGACCAAGUAGAAGAAAUGUUGGAAAACAACAUAAUUAAGCCGAGUAAUUCACCAUGGUCAAGUCCUAUAGUCUUAGUUCGAAAGAAAGAUGGGACAUGGCGUUUUUGUAUUGAUUUCAGGAAACUAAAUGAUGUCACAGUGAAAGAUGCUUUCCCACUUCCCCAGGUUACUGAUUUGAUGGAUAACUUAGCUGGUCAUCAGUAUUUUUCGACACUCGACCUAGCCUCGGGAUAUUGGCAGGUUCCAGUUUACGAAUCUAGUCAGGAGAAAACAGCUUUCGUGAUUCCAGGGGGUGGUCACUUUGAAUUCCUGCGUAUGCCCUUUGGCCUAACGAAUGCUGUGCCCACGUUCCAGCGACUUAUGCUUGCUGUGUUGAAUGGUCUUUUGCCACUCAAGUGUCUGGUUUACUUAGAUGAUGUUUUGGUCGUGGGUCGCACGUUUGACCAACAUUUGGAGAAUUUGGACGAUGUCUUGCAGGCUAUAGACAGAGCUGGAUUGAGACUUAAGUUGUCCAAGUGUAGUUUUGCGAAGCCAAGGGUGGAUUUCUUCGGUUUUACCGUUUCUGCUGCUGGUCUGGCCCCAAAUGUGACCAAAGUUGAAGCAAUCCGUGCUUUUCCUACCCCACAGAAUCUCACUGAGUUGCGACGUUUCCUGGGUAUGGCCUCUUACUACAGGCGUUUUAUUUCUGGUUUCAGUGACAUUGCAGGUCCUCUUCAUCGUCUGACGCAAAAAGGUGUCCGCUUUGAUUGGGACAAGAACCGUCAACAAGCGUUCGAACAACUGAAAGAACAACUUAUAUCUGCCCCUUUUUUUGCAUUUCCUGACUUAAAUGGAGACUAUAUAUUGUAUACGGAUGCGAGUGAUGUGGGCAUAGGCGCAGUGCUGACCCAAAAGGAUGAAAAUGAGGAAGAAAAAGUGGUUUCUUUUACAUCUAAGGCAUUUUCGGGUGCUGAAAAGAACUGGACAACAACAGAAAAGGAAGCAUUUGCAGUGGUCUGGGCUUUACAAUACUUUCACCCAUAUGUAUAUGGGAGAAAGGUCACCAUAUAUACUGAUCAUAAGGCUUUGAAAUGGCUUCGAGACAUCAAACAACCAAAUGGUAAAUUAGCUCGUUGGAUCUUAAAAUUGGAAGAAUAUGACUAUACGAUAGAACACCUACCUAACACGAAAAUGCAGCAUGCGGAUGCCUUGUCUCGUGCACCUGUGAACACUACCUUGGUUUCGAUGUCAACCUGGCAAGAGUUUGAAGACAUGCAAACGUUCGACGAGGAUAUUCAGUUGAAUGGGUGCAAAGUGGUUCUAGACCAGAUCAAAAACCGGUUGAUGUGA